AGUUUGAGCAGCUCAACAUUCCAAUAAAGGUUCCGUGUCAUAUGGCAAAUCUUCGCUGGACUCGUUCACCGAUUCCAAGCCACACAAAUACCACUUCAGUCCGGAACAGAGAACAAGGCAAAAGUGGAAAAUGAAAAGUGAAAAAAGAAAAACACGAAACAAAAUAGUAAAACGGUAAAAAGUGGAGAUCCGGAUAAUCAACCCGAAGCGGACCCGCUGUAAUUAUAUACGAGUGGAGAGCUCAGUCCCUGUUCAAACCCUAGCGAAAAAAAGAGCCCAUCCCAAUAUCCCAUCCCUUUUCCCAUCUCUUCUCUCUCUGGUCUGAAGCCCCGUCCAUGGCUUCACGCAGAAUCGUAUCGUCGCUUCUCCGAUCGGCGUCGCGUCGUUCCGCGUCGUCGUCGAAUCCCAAUCCUAAACUUUUCUCCCCCUCCCCAGCCUCCGCCCGCCGCGCAUCUCCGUAUGGCUACCUUCUCACCCGCACCUCCGAGUACGCUACUUCCGCCGCCGCCGCGGCCCCUGCGCAAUCGGCUCCCGUGAAGACCGGCGGAAAGGAUGUAGGUAAAAUCACCGAUGAUUUCACCGGGAAAGGUGCGAUCGGGCAGGUGUGCCAGGUGAUUGGUGCCGUCGUCGAUGUCAGAUUCACUGAGGGUCUGCCGCCGAUCUUGACUGCUCUCGAGGUGUUGGAUCACUCGAUCCGUCUGGUUUUGGAGGUGGCCCAGCAUUUGGGAGAGAACAUGGUCAGGACCAUUGCUAUGGAUGGUACUGAAGGCUUGGUCAGAGGCCAGCGUGUCCUCAACACCGGUUCUCCCAUCACUGUGCCUGUAGGCAGGGCUACUCUUGGUCGUAUUAUGAAUGUUAUCGGAGAGCCUAUUGACGAGAAGGGAGACAUCUCAACGGAGCACUUCCUGCCCAUCCAUAGGGAAGCUCCAUCCUUUGUUGAGCAGGCCACUGAGCAGCAAAUUCUUGUCACUGGUAUCAAGGUUGUUGAUCUCCUCGCACCAUACCAGAGGGGUGGAAAGAUUGGUCUGUUCGGUGGGGCUGGUGUUGGAAAAACAGUGCUGAUUAUGGAACUUAUCAAUAAUGUUGCCAAGGCCCAUGGUCGGUAGUUCUCCUUGAAACUCCUUGAAACCUAGGUGUUUUUAUGGGCUUGGUAUCUAGUUCUCUAAUAUUAAUUAUUUGAACAGGUGGUUUCUCUGUUUUUGCUGGUGUUGGGGAACGUACCCGUGAGGGUAAUGACUUGUACAGAGAAAUGAUUGAGAGUGGUGUCAUUAAGCUAGGGGACAAGCAGGCUGACAGCAAAUGUGCUCUUGUGUACGGUCAAAUGAAUGAACCACCGGGUGCUCGUGCCCGUGUGGGUCUCACUGGUCUAACUGUUGCAGAGCACUUCCGUGAUGCUGAAGGCCAGGAUGUGCUUCUCUUUGUUGAUAACAUUUUCCGAUUCACCCAGGCCAACUCAGAGGUGUCUGCCUUGCUUGGUCGUAUUCCAUCUGCCGUGGGGUACCAACCAACUCUUGCUACAGAUCUUGGAGGACUCCAAGAGCGUAUUACAACCACCAAGAAGGGUUCAAUUACUUCCGUUCAAGCUAUCUAUGUGCCAGCUGAUGAUCUGACAGAUCCUGCUCCGGCUACCACCUUUGCUCACUUGGAUGCCACCACUGUUUUGUCACGACAGAUUUCGGAGCUGGGUAUCUAUCCUGCUGUUGAUCCUCUGGAUUCCACAUCCCGUAUGCUUUCUCCUCACAUUCUAGGAGAAGAUCACUACGGAACUGCUCGUGGAGUGCAGAAGGUUCUCCAGAACUACAAGAAUCUUCAAGAUAUUAUUGCCAUAUUGGGUAUGGAUGAGCUAAGUGAAGAUGACAAGUUAACGGUUGCUCGUGCCCGUAAAAUUCAGAGGUUCUUGAGCCAGCCUUUCCAUGUCGCCGAAGUUUUCACAGGUGCCCCUGGCAAGUACGUUGAGCUGAAGGAGAGCAUCGCCAGUUUCCAGGGUGUGUUGGAUGGAAAGUACGACGACCUCUCAGAACAGUCAUUUUACAUGGUAGGAGGAAUCGAAGAGGUGAUUGCCAAGGCCGAGAAGAUUGCCAAGGAGAAUGCAUAGUAAAACACAAAGGGAAGAAGUGGCCUUUUUGUUUUUCCUUGUUAUUUUUGGGGGGCGGGUUUAAUCCCAUCAUGACAACUUAGCCUUUUAAUCUUGGGUGUUCCCCCGUCCUCUGAUAAUUCCGAAAAUCAAUAAUCUGUGUUUUAGACAGCCAGUGGCAAGGGGGAUUCCUUGCCCGAGGAUGAUGAUGAUAUGUUCAAAUUUUUUUGAGACUAGAAAAGAUUGCGGGAUUGGCUUUUUCUCUCUUGCUGGUCUUUUGAGGGCCCCGAAUUGGAUGCAGUUGAACCCCUCCCCGAAUUAUUUUGUUCAAUAAGCUGUUGGUGGGGAUGAUGAGAAAUAUGAUGUUGGGGAUUUGUAUAUCAGGUUCUGCCUUUGCGAGCUGACCUUUCUAGAUGCUCUGCUGUUUUUUGCUGUGACAAUUGUUGGCAAUUUCUGACCUGACUACGACGGUGGCUGUUAUUUGAUGGGCAGUAGUAUGUCUGUUGUUUGAUGAGCAGUAGCAUGAGGUGGUGGCGUGGUGCAUAGAUAUUGCUUCCAACAUGUUUUGGUUUAUCUUGUUCUAUUUUCAGACUUGUUCGGUCAUGAUUUGCUUCAAUAAUUAUCUGUAUUUCUUCUCUUUUGAUUUUUUAAAAUAGUAUUUUCAUUUAAAGAAAUCUAAGAUUGUAGGAGAGCUUAUCCUAGGAGAUUUCUUCGAAUUCUUGAUUUAUUUGCUCGGAUUCAGGCAUAUUGUCUCCUCAAUCGGAGUUUAUGUGUGAA